CAUAAUUCUUGUGUUUCUUUAUGACAUUGAGUGCUUAUUUAGGAUUAUUGUCAAUCGGAAGCACGAUUCAAACAAGAUCUGUAGUAGACAAUCAAGAAGAAGAAGAAAGAGAAGCUCAACGUAUAAGGCUUUUAUCUGAGGCAAUAGCUAAUGCAGAGGUUGAUAUCGUUUCAACCGUUAGUACUCAUCAUGCCCCUUUAGAACAUAAAGUUGAUAGAAGUUAAAGAAAAUGUAUCAGGUGUUGUACUAGCUAUUGGCAGCAUGGUUGCAAAUUAUACAUUAUGCUUUCCCAUUGUUGCAGCACGACAUAGUCUACAAGCCUUACCUGUUAAAAAUAGCUUUGAGAGAGACACACCACGCUAUGGAGCGAUGAAACUCUAUUAUACUUAUAAAUAUGGUGGUAUACGCAGGUUGUAUCCAGGAUUUGGUCUUGGCCUGUUAGGGCAGUCCAUCAGUGCUAGCUAUGAAUCAAUUAUCGGUCAGAUCACGUCCAGCUUAACAACAAAACAAACCAAUUUCCUUUUGUAUGCUGCAGCUAAAGCAGUAGGCAAACUAUUGACAUUAUUGAUGAAUGUUCCAUUAUAUCCCUUGUACAGAAAUGCGCUUAUUCUCCGUAUUCAAUCUGAUUCAAGUAUCAGUCGUAUCAUCAUUAGAGAUCGUCAUGACUUUAUUAGAGCCUAUAAACAAAAUCUGUCUGAUUUUCGUAGUCUUUGUACUGUUCCUAUUGGGUUCUUGCCUUCUUGUAUAUUAAACAUAUUGACAGAAAAUCUACUUGUUUAUAUCUAUAAAUACAGUUUCAAGCUAUUCAUGGAAGAAUCAAAAAGAAGCGAUACGGCCAAGAAGGAAGCAACUGUCUUGCACACAUUUUAUCCUGAAAUUGCAUGUGGAGUGAUGAGCAGUAUUGUCACUCGGACAAUAAGCUAUCCAGUGGACACGAUCUUGUUUAAACUCAUGGUGCAAGAUAGUGGAGUACUCAAGGUCAACACUUACUACAGCGGAUUCUUUGACUGUGUGAGGAAAACAUAUGCAGAAGGUGGAUGGAAAGCGUUUUAUCCUGGUUGGGGCAUCGGUCUACUCGAAAUUACCAUGGGCUACUUUGUCCUAGAGGCUUCUUGGUUGGCUUACCGCCUUACCUACUGGUGUUUAUCCCCCAACCAUGACGAUGAUCAAAACAUGCGUACAGUUAAAAAGGCUCGCAAGUUACAAGAAAGGUUACUGUAGCUUUAUUAUUAAAUCUUUUCAUAAUCCAACUUUGUUUCCAACUUUUUCGCAUCUUGCAAUUUUCUUACUGCUUUCAUAAAGUCUUCCUGAAUACAAUAAUCACGUUCUUCUCUAAUGGCAAACAUGCCUGCUUCUGUACAUACAUUUCUUAAAUCAGCACCGUUGAAACCGUCCGAGAGUUUUACUAUAGCUUCAUAAUCUAUAUCUCCAUGCUUUGAAAUGUUGGCAGCAUGAAUCUUUAAAAUUUCCAAACGUCCUUGCUCAUUGGGUAAUGGAAUCUCAAUCUUUCUAUCCAAUCGACCAGGUCGAAGCAAUGCAGGAUCCAAUGUAUCAGGUCUGUUAGUAGCCAUAAUAAGCUUUGUUUGUCCAAGGUAAUCAAA